UCAAUUCAUUCAAGAUGUUCUCUGUAGGAAAAAUGAAAUUAUUUCGCCAACAACUGAUGUGUCACCAUGGCAAAGAGACCCACGCGGGCAUCAAGAAGACCUACACAGGUUGCAAGGUGUUCAUGGAUGCUACCAUCCGGUUGGUUCAUGCAAGAUCUCCUGAAGAUAUAAGAAGUUUUCCAUGCUUCAUGAAGAUUACUGGACAGCAUAACCACCCCUUAGAUACAGCUGAUGUAUUAAAUCAGCUGAGAGUUUCUCCAUGCACCAGAGAGAUGUUUGAAAACUAUUUCAGACAAGGUAUGGCACCUGGACAAGCCUACAGGCACCAUUUGCUGAAGAUGGAACUCGACGAAGACUUGUACAAUCAAGCCAAGAAAUCAAUAAAUCCUUCUCCGAAGUCCGUCGAGUAUAUGUGGAGUACAUGGAAGAAAAAGGAACAUGGAGGACUGAAUACGCCGUCAAUGUUUGAUGCCAUCAAGACAUACGCUGAAAAAAAUCCGGACCUCAUUAUAAAGAUACACAAUGAAGGGAAUCAAUUUGCAGUUGUUUUGGUCACCCCAUUCAUGAUGAGGGCACACAAGCUGUUGCAAGAAGCUGGAGAAGUUGUAUUUGUUGAUGCAACAAGUUGUGUUGAUCAGGUCAACACAGCAGUGAUACCACUUCUCUGUUCAGGACCAGCUGGGGCUGUACCAUUGGCUGUCCUGUUCACCUCAUCUCAAGAUGAAGCAACACUAACAAAAGGAUUUGGUAUGGUAAAGGAGGCGAUUGGGGAGGAUGGAUUUUUUGGUCAAGGAGGUCCACAAAAUUUCAUGACAGACAACUGCAAUGCAGAAAGAAAUGCAUUGGCAGCCAUUUGGCCUAAUUCAAAACAAUACCUCUGCAUUUUUCAUGUUCUCCAACAAGUAUGGCGCUGGCUUCUUGAUUCUAAACAUGGAAUCAAUAAGAAUGAUAGACAAGAAUUGAUGAGUGCAGUUAAACUACUUCUUCAUGCCGAGUCAAUUGACAGAUUUGAAGAUCAACUGGAGAAAGUUCAGCACCAUCCUCUUCUUCAGAAAUAUCCCAAUUUCAAGAGCUACCUAAACACCUUGGACCAAAGAAGAGAGGAGUGGGCAAUUGCCUACAGAGCAGGUGCAUUGUUGAGGGGUCACAACACUAAUAACUAUUGCGAAUCAACAAUGUGCAUCAUAAAGGAUAAUGUCCUUAAUAGAUGUAAGGCAUAUAACACUGCACAACUUGUAAUGUUUAUGGCUGAAAUCUUCAACUCCUUUAUGAAACAACGGAUAGUGGAUGUAGCACUCAACAGAAGGCAUACGAAGAGAAUGAAUGUCACCAAACUGCCUUUAGAAAGUGUUGUACCCUUGGGGAGUGGGUUGUACCGAGUGGGAAGUGAAACUAAUCCAGGACAAAUGUAUGAGGUGGAUCUAAAUAUUGGUAUUUGCACGUGCACAAAAGGAAAUACUGGUGCAGUCUGCAAACACCAAGCUGUAUGUGCAGACAGUGAAAAUCUAACAGUUCCUCAAAUGCCUAUGCUGAACAGUAAUACCUCACCAGUUGGCAGUGUUGGCUCUAGGGCAGAAGGACGCCCCCAGUGA